AUGGGACGUCUGAAAUUCACAGUUCGGAAUGUGUUGAUUCCUCUAUUUCUUGUCUAUUUUUUUCUUCACAUCGGGGUCACCACAUGGAAGUUAUUCCAGGUAGAUAGUACGAGGAUUGGCUAUGAGAAUCUCCGAGAUGGCCCACUUCUGCUCAAAGGUGGAAGGCCUAUGAGAAAACCUGGUGUGAUUGAAGCAGUCGGAUAUGGAAAGUUGUCGGCAAUGGGUUUUGGAGGGAAGAGGAAGAAACCAAAACAAGUUCAUCCAGUACUACAACCAAAAGACGAAGGUGUUCCAAAGUUAUCGGACAAUGUGAAAACGACCCUGAUCACCGAAGCCCAAUCCGUCCUCAACAAAACCUCCGAAUCCUCCAAUUUCAUCUACGUAGUAAUGAUCAACAAAGCUUACGAAAGAAUGACUUUAAACUGGAUAUGCAAUACAGCUCUUAUGGAGAACGUGCACAAUCGAACCCUUAUAGUCACCAUGGACCCGUCGACUUGUCUAUCUAUAAGAAGUCAAUGGGAUGAGACGAUAAAAUGUGUCUCACUGGAGAUAAAUAACUAUAAAAACGGCUAUGAUUGGGGACGGCAGCAAUAUAUAAAUAUAUUGACGUUACGAGCGAAUCUUAUGGAAUUGUUGACGGCUAAUGAUAUUCCAUAUGUGUUGAUAGAGACGGAUGCUACGUGGUUUAAGGACCCCCUCCACCUGUUCGCCAACAGAACCACCGCCGAAGAAGACUACGAUAUUAUCAUCCCAGUCAAAGGUUAUGAUGGUGGAAGCUGGGAUACCCUUGCAUUUGACCCGAUGUUAGUAGCAACUACUAACGGAUCGAAAAUGUUUAUGGAGGAGAUGAAGACACGGUUGAAUUCGGAUAAAAAGCUUUAUGAUCAAGACGUCAUGAAUCAACUAUGCGCAUCUCAACACAACGGUCUGAUCUGUCGACAGUUCGACUACAAUGAGGUGGCAGAUGGCAAGUGGUACAAGAUGGAUGAGACGUCGCGUGUCACUCCGUUCAUUUUGAACAACAAUUUCAAUUCGGGGACCAAGAAUAAGGAGACGAAGCAGGCACUCAAUGGAUUCUGGUUCCUGGCGACAAGGACUAAUCAGUGUGUCAUUUCGAAAGUGACCAAGUUUAUGGAAAAGUAUUCGGGGAGGUAG